AUGCCCGGUAACUUACAGGGCCGAUAUAUCAAGCUCGAUGUCAUCAGCGGAAAAAAUAUCCAAGCCUCCCCCUUCCGCAUGCCCGCAGGCAUUUACGUGUUCAUCAAAUUCGACUCUAGGAGGUGCUGGAAAUCAGCCGUCCGAGUCCUAUCAUCCGACGGCGCUGUAGCGUGGGGUGAUAUUCUGACCAUAUCACCAGAUUCGUCAGAUAAGUUAUCACUGGAGAUAAGGGCAUCCUUUGAACUCGGUCGAAUGCUAGGCAACGGGGAACUCGUUCGAAAAUUUGAAACGUCAUGGAAUGAGCUGCUCGAUCAUGGAGAUGAACCUUUUGACCUGUCCUUCCUACUCAUUGAUGAUAUCUGCCCUUCUCUCACCCUGAAGGUAGCUUUUGUAAACGCUUGCGGAUACGACGACAGUGCGCUACUUGAUUCCAUCGUUGAAUGCGAGAUAGCUCGGCGCACAGAUGCAGGCCACGCGCAAUUUUACAAAUACAUGAGGAGCAAGCCUGAGAGUGGUGUCUUUCAUCUGAAUGGCGCUGUGAACUAUUUUUGGUGGGUCGUGGCCCGGUGUCCAGUCGGCCAUCCUGACCGUGCUGCCGCUCUCACCAACCUCGCGUACGCCUGCCUUCAAGGUUACAUUCGCAACGAUCUCCAGGACAUUGACUCUACUACUUCUCUAUUCCGUGACGUUCUUGCAUUGCGUUCGCAGGGACACCCCGAUCAUCCAUUAUCUCUCCAUUAUCUCGGUCUAGCGCUGAGCUGGCGCCACUACUAUCAACGUGCCCCCGCUGAUAUCCACGAAUUUGCCCUACUCUACCAUCGGCUACUGCCUCUCUGUCCAGAGGGCACAUAUCUUCGGAGCAUCGUGGUAGGGGCGAACAUUGUAGAUCGUGUGAUCCACGAAUGCAACGAUCUUCCUGACGACGCGUCUGAUCAAGGGAUACGCCUGCGACGAGUCGUGCUCGAGCUGUGUCCUGCAGGCCAUCAGGGCCGUCCGCGAUCCCUGGAUAGGCUGGCAUCAGUAUUCAGAGCACGCUUUGUCCGACUUGGCAAUGUUGAUGAUGUUGACGAGGGCAUACAACUUUAUCGUGAAGCUGUUUUUCUGUGCCCCGAGGGACACCCUGACCAUGAUUUCUACUUGGAUGGCUUGGCCUACCUACUCCGAUGCCGUUUCGAACACCAAGGUGAUCCUCAUGAUCUCAACGAGGUCAUCUUUCUGCUCGAAGAAGCACUGCGCCUGCGUCCCGUUGGGCAUAACUCUCGUGGUAGAUUGCUGGGAAACCUAGCGGGUGCCCUCAUCAUACGUUUCAAAAGAUGCGACGGUGACAUCGAUGACAUAAACAGAGCUAUCAGCCUCAAUCGCGAUGUACUGGUGCUGCACUCACCUGGGGAUCCAAAUCGCGGCCUGACGCUUAACGACCUCGCCGCGGCGCUGCAUAUGAGAUAUGAUUCAUUGCAUGCCAGCAAGGAUGAUCUUAAUGAGUCCAUCGAUCUGCACCGCGAGUCUCUUCGGUUAUCACGGCAGCGUGGCUAUCCACAGCGCCAUGCAAAUCUGUACAAUUUGAGCGCGGCACUCUGCUCCCGUCUCGAGGAAACUUGGAAGAAUGAAGAUGUUGAGGAGGCCAUUGAUCUUUGCAAAGAAUCAUUAGCAGUUUUUCCCCCACUGCACCCGGAUAGAUGCACCAGUUACGCAUGGCUGCAGGAGGCUUAUAUGUGUCGUUACCGAGUACAGCACAACCCAGCUGAUUUGUCACUUGCAAUGGAGAACUUCGAACUAGCAUCAAAACAGCCCACUCAAGGCUUCCCAACCCGCAUUCAAAUAGCCAUGGGCUGGGUUGAUGAAGCUGAGCAUUAUCAACACGAAUCUGCCCUCGAAGCAUACCGCACGUGCUUGGAUCUUUUCGACAACCAUGUAAUGACGCGAUCCUCGAUUAUCUCACGGCGCAAUGCUGCAACCGCUUUUCGUGGUUCACAAUCACUGCCAGUGAAUGCAGCAUCGUGUGCUGUUCGUUGUAAUGAUCUGCGACAAGCAGUUGCAAUUCAGGAGCAGGGUCGCGGCCAGCAGUGGUCAUUGGCUUCUCGACUCAGGACCCCGCUGGAUGACCUCAAGUCAACGAAUCCCGACUUGGCUCACAAAUUCUCAGAGCUCAGCCUGCGUCUUUCUGAUAUUCAAGGUUCUACAGUCAGCACAGACAGUGCUGUUGCCGAUAAAGCAGCAAUACAGUACAGGAGACUUACGAAACAAUGGGAAGCUGUGGUAGUUGAGAUCCGCACUCUGCAAGGUUUCUCGGGAUUCCUGCUCCCACCAUCAUACCAAGACUUGCAAGCAGCAGCACGCGAUGGCCCAGUCAUCAUCCUCAUUGGGAGCCAGUACUCCUGUGAUGCCAUCAUUGUCCCAACAUCAGGCGAGCCACAUCAUGUCCCCUUGCCGUCUCUCGCUCUUGCAGACCUCGAGAAGCUCAAAGAUGACUUCGCGAAGGCGAUACGGCACGCGGCUGUUAUGGCCCCAACGGAGACAAGGACGGGUCUGAUAGCACUCUUGCGGAUUGUAUGGGACGAGAUCAUGCUACCCAUCGUCAAUGUGCUCCAGUGUGAUCUGAAAUUGAAGCGCCGGUCUCGAAUAUGGUUGUGUCCGACAGCAGCCUUCACUUCCAUUCCUCUCCACGCAGCUCACCCAUCGCGAACGAUGGCAGAUGGUUCUGGGCGGGAACUAUGCCUGGAGGAUAUAUACAUCUGUUCUUACACGCCCACACUUUCGGCUCUGAUCCGAGCGCGACAGGCAAUGAAGACGCGUGAGACUCCGUCCUUCGUGGCGAUCGGGCAAAGUGAACCGGGCGCAGGACAAGGCAAGGUACUCGCCGCUGUCGACAGCGAGCUCGAACUUGUCCAUAAACUCGUUCCCCCCAACGUCAAGUUCACUAAUAUUUCUGGGCACGAAGCUACGCAGGCAGGCGCCCUCGAAGCUUUGCGACGCAACACCUGGGUGCACCUCGCUUGUCAUGGAAAACAGGACCGCGAGCAGCCUUACAAUUCGCGUUUCGCCAUGAGAGACAAGCCUCUCACGUUGCUUGAUAUCAUGGAGAACAAUGCUCCGCAAGCUGAAUUCGCAUUCUUAUCGGCGUGUCAUACCGCUGUCGGUGAUGAGCAGACGCCCGAUGAGGCCAUCCACCUCGCCGCUGGUCUGCAGUUUUCUGGAUUCAAGAGCGUCAUUGGCACUCUGUGGGUGGUCGAUGAUGCUGUUGCAAAGCACGUCGUCGAAGCUUUCUAUGGGAAUAUGUUCAAGGAUUCGAAGGAGGGAGUCGUGGACUGUACGAAGGCGGCCCGCGCACUCAACCAUGCUACGUACACGGUAAAGAAGGUGCCGCUGGAGCAGAGAAUUGUUUUCAUUCAUAUUGGUGUGUAGUUCCACGUUGGGUUACUUUGACGUGGUACGGCCUUUCUAGCCAUUGAUAUCAGAGUCUCUUUCAUUGUACUUGUCGUACGUUGUGCUCUUAGCUGUCUUCGUUUGCAAUCGGUCCCUCGUUGUUGUCUGCCCUAGAGUCUUUAGCAAAUUGAUCGGAUUCAAAGACAAUGCUGGUGUAUGAGAAUGUUUG